AUGACGCGUAUGGCCUUUGAUACUCGCACGCAAAAUGCGUGGAAAGAAUUGAUUGAAAAAGAAGCGAUGACACGCGUUUCAUGGCAUCGAACAUUCAAACCCAAUCCCAACGAUGAUGAAUGGUUCAAACGUGGAUUUUACACUCAAGCAACAGAAAAGCCUGUUAAUCGUUCUUUACCUUCCAUUGUCUUUCCACCACGACCUAAACCGCGUUAUGAUCCAAAUGACACAUUAGACGAAUUAGCGAAAAAACUUGAUUUAGAACACAAUCCAAAUGCAUUGAAAGAAAUGUAUCCAGCUGAUAAACAUCACAAAGAUGUUUUAUUUGAUGGAUUUUCCAAAGAAGAAAAAGGCCGUUAUAAAUAUUUAAAUCUUCGCAAAGUCAUUCCACCUGAAAAUAAAUAUCAAUAUCCAGUAUCAAAUACAAUGGAGUAUGGAUGGAAAUUAGGUGAAAGUGGUCAAGAAUUCAAAGCACCAACUCAUGCUCGAGGAAAAAUUGUCGAAGAAUCGUUUUAUCGUCGUAAUGGUGUUUUUUAA